AUGGUUGGGAGCAGCCCGAUGCAGGCGGUGCUGGUGGCGCCGGGGGUGAAGGACAAGAAGGUGCUCGCGUUCCGCCGGGACGCGCUCAAGGAGAAGGACGCCGUCGCCGCGCUCAUGCGCACCAUCGCGGCCGGCGGCGUGCGGAGCGCCUUCUACGUCUUCGACCUCGCCCGGGUCGUCGACCUGUACCGCGGCUGGCGCCGCGCGCUCCCCGGCGUGCGCGCCUGCUACGCCGUCAAGUGCAACCCGGAGCCGGCGCUACUCGGCGCGCUGGCCGCGCUCGGGGCCGGCUUCGACUGCGCCAGCCGCAGGGAGAUCGAGGCUGUGCUCGCUCUCGGCGUGCAGCCCGGCAGCAUCGUGUACGCCAACCCGUGCAAGCCGGAGGCGCACCUCGAGUACGCCGCUGAGGUGGGCGUCAACCUCACCACCUAUGACUCCGAGGAGGAGGUGGUCAAGGUCAAGCGCUGCCACCCGGGCUGCGAGCUCAUCCUCCGCAUCAAGGGCCCCGACGGUGGCGAGGCCCGGGUGGACCUCGGCACCAAGUACGGCGCGCACGCGGACGAGGUCCUGCCGCUCCUCCGCGCUGCCCAGCGCGAGGGGCUCAACGUGGCCGGCGUGUCAUUCCACGUCGGCAGCGGCGCGUCCAACACGGACGUGUACCGGGGCGCCAUUGAGGCCGCGCGCGGGGUCUUCGACGCGGCAGCCGGGCUCGGCAUGCCGCCCAUGCGCGUGCUCGAUAUCGGCGGCGGGUUCAUGGCCGGCCCGGCGUUCGACGAGGCGGCCGCGGUCAUCAACGCGGCGCUCGAGCGCUACUUCGGGGAGCUUCCCUGCGUGGAGGUGAUAGGCGAGCCGGGGAGGUACUUCGCCGAGACCGCCUUCACGAUGGCGGCUCGGGUCAUCGGGAAGCGCACUCGCGGCGAGGUACGCGAGUACUGGAUCGACGACGGCCUCUACGGCACCCUCAGCUGCAUCCCCAUGGACCACUACGUGCCGCACCCGAGGCCGCUCGCCGUGCCGCGCGCCGGCGAGAAGACGUACACGUCGACGGUGUUCGGGCCGACGUGCGACUCCCUCGACACGGUGGUGACCGGGUACCAGCUGCCAGAGAUGAGCGUGGGGGACUGGCUCGUGUUCGACGACAUGGGCGCCUACACCACCGCCUCCGGCUCCAACUUCAACGGCUUCUCCACCUCGGACAUCAAGACUUACUUGGCCUACUCCAGCUGA